AUGGGGCACCGUGGACGCAUGCCGCACAACAACAUCAUGUCGAGCAGCGACACGCUCAAGAUGACGGGCAUCUGGAAGAACACGAUCGGAUAUGACCCGUACGCUGCGGAUGGCGAAGGCCAGGACCCAGGGCAAUCCGCGUCCUCGAUCGAGCGCGCCAAGGGCUUCAUGGCGCUCGCCAAGCUCUCCAACAAGGCGUCGCUCGUCGUCGCGUCGCAAAACUUCAAGCGCCAGUUCAAUUCCGGCAAAGACCGGAAGGCGCAUCUCCCACACGUGCUUUCGCGGCUGAGCGCGACGCUGCCAGCCCACGCGAUACUACCGCUCUCCGUGCACGACGACACGCAGAAGGUAGUCCGAAGCAUCGUGCCCACGGAAGGCACGGUGUUCUCCACGAAAGCUCGGGCGCCGACAAUGGUUUUCUUCGAGACGAUCGCGGUCACCGAGACAACGACGGCGCGUCAUCGAUCCGACGCGGUGAAUGCCGCAGCGCCGACGUCGUACCUCCUGGAUGCGUUUCUGGACGCGGACCUCGGGCGCGACCGUCGAGUGUCGGUCGCCGGUCGCAGCCACAGCCGAAGCACGCCACUCGCCCUCAAGCUCCUAGAAGGCGACGACGACAACGAUAGCAGCUGCAACAACAGCAAGACGAUGAUGAUAGUGGUGGCGGAGGCCAACCCAGCCGAGACGCUGCCAGAGUCGUUUAUGGAGAAGCGCACGCGGCUCCAAGCGCAGAGCCUCCACCGCUCGGAACUGGGGUGGGACCUGGUGCCGGUCAUUGCCAAGAGCUUUGACGACAUGCGUCAAGAAGUGUUUAUCAUGCAGCUUUUGCACAUCUUUCUCGAGUGCUUUCGCGAGACGGAGCUCGUGCUGCGCCCGUACACCAUUCUGUGCUGCGGCGACGACUGCGGGCUCAUGCAAGUCUUGCUGGACGCCGACUCGGUCUCGGACGUCAAGAAGCGUCAUCCAGGAGUGUCUCUCGACGCCAUCUUUGCGGCGCGGUACCCGACCCGCGAGCGGCUGGCGGUGGCCCGCGACAACUUUAUUCGGUCCAUGGCCGCGUACAGCCUUUUUUGCUACAUUCUACAAGUGCCCGACUGCAUCAAGGAUCGCCACAACGGCAACGUCAUGCUGCACGUGGACGGCACGAUCUUGCACAUUGAUUUUGGCUUUGCGUUUGGUAUUGCCCCGGGCGGUCGGUUUAGCUUUGAGCGAGCGCCAUUCAAGCUCACGGAAGAGAUGGUGCUGACCAUGGGCGGCAAGGAAAGCCCGGGCUACCAGCGUUUUCUGCGGCUCCUUGGCGACGGUCUCUUAGCCCUCCAGCACCACGCGCCUCAUCUUGGCGCUUGUGAGCAUGACGGCGAAAAAUCACCGUUUCCGUGCUUUGUGGGGCAAAAUGUCCCGCUGCUCCUCCGCCGGCUACAAGAUCGCCUCUGUGUGGGCGCGUCUGACAGCGAAGUUCGGCUCCACGCUCAGCGACUGGCCGACCAGAGCUGCAACAGUCUGCGCACCCGCCUGUACGACCGGUACCAGUACCACUCAAACGGGUAUGUUAGUUAA